GAGGAGGAGAACCUGGAGGUGUCGAGGCUGGAGGCGAGAUAGUCUCCGGGACCGUCCUGGGAGGCGCAGCGAGGCGGGAGUCCGCAGCCAGAACAACCCCAGAGCAGAAGCAGCUGCUGCCGCUGCCGCCGUCCGCGGAGCCCAGCCGAGCUGGCCAUGGCGCUGUCAAUGCCGCUGAACGGGUUGAAGGAGGAGGACAAAGAGCCCAUCAUCGAGCUUUUCGUCAAGGCUGGCAGUGAUGGUGAAAGCAUAGGAAACUGUCCCUUUUCCCAGAGGCUCUUCAUGAUUCUUUGGCUUAAAGGAGUUGUGUUUAGUGUCACAACUGUUGACCUGAAAAGGAAGCCUGCAGACCUGCAGAACUUGGCUCCGGGGACCCACCCACCAUUUAUAACGUUCAACAAUGAGGUCAAAACGGAUGUAAAUAAGAUUGAAGAAUUUCUUGAAGAAGUCUUAUGCCCUCCCAAGUACUUAAAGCUUUCACCAAAACACCCAGAAUCAAAUACUGCUGGAAUGGACAUCUUUGCCAAAUUCUCUGCAUAUAUCAAGAAUUCAAGGCCAGAGGCUAAUGAAGCAUUGGAGAGGGGUCUCUUGAAGACACUGCAGAAACUGGAUGAAUAUCUGAAUUCUCCCCUCCCUGAUGAAAUUGAUGAGAAUAGUAUGGAGGACGUUAAGUUUUCCACACGUAAAUUUCUGGAUGGCAAUGAAAUGACACUAGCUGAUUGCAACCUGCUGCCCAAACUGCACAUUGUCAAGGUGGUGGCCAAAAAAUAUCGCAACUUUGAUAUUCCAAAAGGAAUGACGGGCAUCUGGAGAUACUUAACUAAUGCUUAUAGUAGGGAUGAGUUCACCAAUACCUGCCCCAGUGAUAAGGAGGUUGAAAUAGCAUAUAGUGAUGUCGCCAAAAGACUUACCAAAUAAAACAGUACUUCCGAGAGAGAUGUCUUGACAUCUUCCCCUGACUAAGACCAUGCUUUCCCUAACAGACUGCUCCUCUUCCUAUACAGUAGAAAUUUUACUUUGCAUGAACAUGCAGUUAUUCCAGACUAGGACAAAGGAUAGACCAGGUAUAGUAGCUAUCUUUACAUAUAUACUCCUAAGCAGUAUUAUUUUAAAAAUCUUUUACCCCGCCUACCUCCCCUACCCGGUAUCCUCCUCUCCUCUAUUUGGAGUCACUCCAUCACAAGCUCUUCACUUUAAAGGUAGUUUGCCAUCUCUCUAGAGCUCUCACCACUGUGUCCAUUCACUGUGUGUAGAUGGCAGAACUUUUGAGGUGCGUUGUUUAACUGUUAAAACAGUAACCAUGACCUCAUCAGUCAGGCCCAAACUGGUGCAUAAUGCACGGUACAAGGAAUAUUUAUGUAUUUUUUGGAAUUUUAUAAUAUUUAGUAAGAGUAUAUGAAGGGGUUGCUACUGUAUCAAAAUACUGCUUCAAUUCGGUCUAUCCUGGAUGUGUACUAAAGGACGCUACCACCAGAGGAGAGAGCCUUCCACAGAAAGUAACUACAGAUUUUGCUAUUUUACUUUGUACAUGGAUUUUUUACUUUUGCCUAAAAACAUUUAUAUUUCAUACCAAUUAGAACACCUGACACUAUGUAGAAGCUAAAAGUUUAGAGAGAGGAAUAUUUUCAAGAUCUUCCUCAAGCAUUUUAGCCAUAUAAGAGAAACCAAUGGGCACCUGACACUCUGUCUAAGUAUAUUGUUGGUUAUAUGUAUUUUGCCCAGUGCCAUUCAUUUGGAACAUUAUUGCUUUCUUCCUUUAUUUUAAAAAAACUCCUUUUUUAGGUAAGCAUAGGUCGUGCUGUUUGUAGAUCUUUUGAGCAACACUACAUAAACUGAUAAUUAGUUGAUUUAGCUAUAGCAGUACAGUGAUUAGUAAUGUAAAAAUUAACCUAAGGAAUGUAGCGUGGGUUUGUGAAAAUAUCAAGUAGAAUGUUGUUUCUAAAGUGUAUUUAAUGUGGAUAAUCCAAAGAAUGAAUUAUCCAUCCUACAUUAAAAAUGAGAAAAAAGACAUAGAUUACCAUUCCACUUCCACUGACUGUUAGACUUUGGGUAGAGGAUGGUUCACUUCUUUUGGACUAAAUUAUAGUUGUUAAGGUGACUACAUAUUUACUGCAGUUUUGCCUAAUCUCAAUCACUGCACUUCCUUCAGUUAAAUUUUUCUGCAGCUACAUUGAGGAAUAGCACUCUUCAUGUUUGUUUUGUUUCUUAAAUUGAAGUCCUAAAGCAGGAAUUAUUUGUGUUGUCACAAGGGAGGAUGAACUUGGUAAAAAUAAAACAAAGUUUGCUAUGUAUUUAUUCAUUAAAAAAAAAACAAACCCCAGCAACUUUUUAAGUACUACUCCAAAGACUGGUUGUGACUAUAAUAAUGUUUUUGUAAUUUUUUAUACCUAACUUGUUUAAGAAAUGCUAUUUCUCAUAGGCUGUUUUUGGAAAUUUUAAGUAUAUUUCUUUAAAAUGGCAAUAUUUUCUUCCUCUUGAUGUGCUAACAUUUACUAAGCACUGACUUUAUGGAAGCAGUCUGAUUUUUAAAAGCAUUCUGCAUUUUGAAGCCCAUCACUAAUUAGCUUGGUAUAGAAAGAUAGGGAAAGCUCCAUAUUGUAUCCAUUUGGCUCAGGGAGAUUUCUUUGUCUUACUUUUCUUAGAACUCCUUCCUGCUGAUCAAAAAGUUUGAGUGCCCACCUUUUUGUAAUUAAAUAUUGGAUGAUUUUAUCUGGUUCAAAGAACAAGCACUGUUGGGUUAUCUAUUGAAAAAUUCUAUGACAGCAGCUUCUGUGGGUGAAAAUGUCACACCUGCGCCAGUACACAGCCAGCCAUCUUCACUUUCCACUGACUUGUAAAUUAGUGGUGACUUGGCAUUCAGGUGAUAUUGAAUCUUGCCUCAUAGCUUAAAGUAUGAAAAAGAUUCAAGAGAAGGGAGGUGGGUAUCUGUCCUUACAAGUGAAUGGCAGACUUAAGUGGUGCAGAGGAGAAGGCUAAUGGGGAAAAAGCUGCAUUCCUCAAAAGAGAGAGACGAAAGAUACAUUCUGAAACUCAACUCUGAAGUCUUUUUACUCUGGAUAUUGAUUUUUCUUUUCUUAAAAUUUAUCUUGUGAUUACACUUGGCUGCCUCUCUGGAUGUCUGAGGAAGGCUGUCUUUCUGUUAUAAUUUUGAUGAAGGCAGGA